AUGUCCACAUUGGAUCCUGUCGAUUCGUUCCUCUUCUCUCUCAGCAGAGCCUUUUGCAGUCCGCUAGCAGUUUUUGUCCAGAUCCAGGGAUGUCUAAUCUGUUUGCUACUUGCUUUCGGAUGGGCUUGUGCAGCUUAUGUCAGGAAUAGAGAGAUUAAAAGGAUGAAAGAUAGUAUGCAACGUGGAAAUAGCUUUGCUUUCCUUUGCCAUGAUAUCACUGAACUUGAGCACUCAAAUCAGCUCAAACGGCCAAGCGUAUCAGUUGUUAUGCCUUUAAAGGGAUUUGGAGAACACAAUUUACACAAUUGGAGAAGCCAGAUCACUUCUCUCUAUGGUGGUCCCUUAGAAUUUCUUUUUAUCGUGGAAAGUACAGACGACCCUGCUUACCGUGCAGUAUCUAUGUUACUAUCUGAGCUUAAGGAUGAGGUUGAUGCUAAGGUUGUUGUAGCUGGCCUUUCAACAACCUGUAGUCAGAAAAUUCACAACCAAUUGGUUGGAGUGGAGAAAAUGCACAAAGACAGCAAGUAUGUAUUAUUUUUGGAUGAUGAUGUCAGGCUUCACCCUGGGUCAAUUGGAGCCCUAACAGCUGAGAUGGAGAAAAAUCCUGACAUAUUUAUCCAAACUGGAUACCCUCUUGAUUUGCCAUCGGGAAGCUUAGGGAGUUACUGCAUUUAUGAAUAUCAUAUGCCUUGCUCAAUGGGCUUUGCUACUGGUGGAAGGACAUUCUUUCUGUGGGGAGGGUGCAUGAUGAUGCAUGCAGAUGACUUUAGACUUGAUCGCUAUGGCGUGGUCACAGGACUUAAAAAUGGUGGUUACUCGGAUGAUAUGACUCUUGCAGCUAUUGCCGGAGCUCAUAAGAGGCUGAUCACGUCACCCCCAGUCGCCGUGUUUCCUCAUCCACUUGCAAGUGAUCUUAGUUUUUCAAGGUAUUGGAAUUACUUGAGGAAGCAGACAUUUGUAUUAGAAUCAUAUACAACCAAAGUUAACUGGAUAAUGAACCGUGCAUUGUUUACCACCCACUGCUAUCUCUCGUGGGGAUUUGUAACACCAUACUUCAUGGCCAUUGUUCAUAUCACCGCAGCCCUGAGAAUGUAUAUUAAGGGGUAUUCAAUCGAGGAAACAACCUUCACUUUUGGUGGAUUGAAACUGGUAAGCUGCCUGGCUGCAUGCACAUUGAUCGAACUUCUUUCAAUGUGGAACUUGACCAGGAUAGAAGUUCAUCUAUGCAACAUGUUAUCACCAGAGGCACCUAAACUCUCACUUGCUUCUUACAACUGGGGACUUGUAUUUAUUGCAAUUCUAGUAGAUAAUUUUUUAUACCCCAUCUCUGCCUUCCGUUCACAUUUCACCCAGUCAAUAAAUUGGUCUGGCAUUCGAUAUCACUUAAAGGAUGGGAAGAUAUUCAAGAUUGAACGAAGCAAGGAUAUGGGUCCAGUAUAUACUGAUUUGGGAGGAAAGCAUUUAGGAAAGAAAGGAGCUCCUCCAAAAUUGUCAUUCCUCAGCUCUUUGGCCAGAAGUUUGGCACAAUGGCGUCAGCCCAAGAAAUAUGAUAGCUAG